CAUUUCGCAAGCAAACAGCAUUUACACACUCUGCUUUACCAAUAUCACAAAAUAUGCUGCCCCGUUACACUUUCAAUCGGUUGCUUUCAAAGACUGUCCUUCGAAGAUUGCCACUUGCACGCACGCACAGAGUUGCAUUGCCUACGAAAGGGAUUAGUAUGGCUCCGAUAAGACGAGACUACAGUGUUGGCAAUACCCGCUCCGAUAUCGUUGACAUCUCUGAGGUGAAACAGUUGGUAAACGGAGAGCGCAAGGAGGAGUAUGUCUUGAUCGAUGUUCGCGAACCCUCCGAGGUUUCUCUUGGCCGCAUCCCAACAGCCCAGCAUAUACCUCUCGGGAAUGUCCAAACAGCGCUGCAGCUACCAGACGAAGAAUUUGAAGCAGCUUAUGGGUUCCAAAAACCGUCCAUCGAUGAUAAUGUCAUUUUCUACUGUCGGUCAGGAAAGAGAAGUGAAGCCGCAUUGGGGGCGGCCCAUGGACUGGGAUUCAAAAAUGCCAGGAACUACAAGGGGAGUUGGUUGGAGUGGAGUGCCAGCAACCAGCAGUAACCUGUCCUCUGGUGAUUACAAUGAUAUCGUGAAAUAGACGGACUUACCUCUACGACGAAUGCGAAUAUGAAGUGAACACCGCUGAUUCUGGUCUCACUCCAAUAUAUUUCAGACCAUGAUCAAAAGAACAGAACGAUGAAUCAUUCUGAGAGACUAACCGCAUGUCGCGGAUCCUCAAACUCCCUGUCCUCUAUAUGGGUUACAAGCACGAGAUAAGGGGCACAUUUGGUGGAUCCAAGGGAGAUGCUCUCCCAUCUCACCCUUCCACCGGAUUUUAGGUCAUAUGACGGGGAGUAUAUAUGUAACCAAACUCUCAUGAACCGGCGAUUGCAAUUUCGUCGCUGCCAGAUGGAUACGCCAACCUUCAGCGGCAGCCCCCAGAUAUGACCUUACUGGUGGUGGGACCCGCUCUCAUGGAAGGAUUCAAUCAAUGGAGAAGAGUAAUCGCCCCCUCCCUUCUGCGGAUGGCGCCUCCGCUGCGGUGUGGGGUAUUCAAAUAGUUGUUGAAAAGCGUAGCACCACCGAUUGGCGAGAAUCAUUUAUUCCUCCAAAUAGUCUCCCCGUCCUCAGCCGGCCUUUUACCCCAAUGUUUACUGCCUCUUUUAGUUCCUUCUCUUGUCCCUCUUUGUAACAUACCCAUGCAAGCAAGUCAUCUAUUCUUGCAGUAACUGGGCCGACACUGGCCUCCUUAGAGUUGCAUCUCUUGAAGGGAGUGAACCAGCAAAUAACCUUCAGAAGGUAUUCAUUUGACAAGCAACUUUCGUAGUAUCGAUACGAGAUUAUGCGAUACCAAGGGUGCCUCUCCCUUGUCUCCCACGAAGAAUUCGAAAUCUUCUUCUACUUAGAUCCGCGCGGCUCGAAAUUGGCCUGGUAUAAUUUUCGGCAGGAGCAGCUGCACCGUUCAUCGACAAACUCUCUUCUGUUCACAUCGACACUUCAUGAUGAAGCAUGCUGGACUUACUCCUACAGUGAACAAGUGGCGUACUCUGAAGGAUGUCGCCUUAAAUUAUGAGAAUAUGUACAAUAUAUACAACGGACUUCAUCAUCAUAAAACGUAGUCAUACA